AUGGAGUCUGCAAGACUCGUCAAGGUCAUCUUCUGGCCUUCGUUCAUCCACGGAGUCGAUGAGCUCCCCGUUAUCGUCAUCCAUCCGCACACCGUCGUCCAUACCCUCCUCCUCGACUUCUCCUACUGGCUUAUCAAGUUUGCCUACAUCCAGCAGCUCAAGCGCUCCUCCUGUUCCAUCUGUGGCUGCUUCAAGCUCCCUAGGCUCUGA